GCACCAAGACACAAGGAAACAAAAGCUAGGAGAUUUCCUGGGCAUAACACAAAAUGCCAAUAGAGAAACAUGAGAGGGACUCAAUAAAAUAAACAGCAAGAAAAGAAGAAAAAAGUAAACUGAAAAUGAAUGACAUGAUGUAGAGAAGUGGGACAGCGUCAGAUGUAGUAUACAGGACUGCAAUCUACAGGCUAAGAGACGAGACAAAGAAGAAAGUUCCAGCAAACUUUCCAAAAUGUCAUUUUGGCUGAAGGAACUGAUACAAUAUCGUGGACUAUUUAUGCUGAUAUUUGUACUGGGAAUAGGAGGAUCUUUUCAGUAUGGAUUUCAAAUAUCCAACAUGAACUCUCCUUCUCAGUUUGUAAAGAGGUUUAUCAAUGACACAUGGAUACAUCGCUACUACCAACCUAUUGCUGACAACAGCCUAAGAUUACUUUGGUCUUUUAUUGUAUCGAGUUUCUGUAUUGGAGGGCUGCUGGGCUCUCUGGGAUCUGGAUAUUUAGCUUCUAAAUAUGGGAAGAAAAGAUGUCAGCUGUGCAAUAAUGUUAUUCCCAUAGCUGCAGCAUUAUUGAUGGGUCUCAGUGCCACUGCCAACUCUUUUGAAAUGAUUCUGAUUGCCCGCUUUCUCUAUGGCAUCAAUGCAGGAUUUGGACUCAACAUCCAUUCUCAGUAUGCAGGAGAAAUUGCAGACAAGAAACUGCGUGGAUUUACCAACACAAGUAUCUCCAUAUUUGUAACAACUGGCAAACUGACUGGGCAGAUUUUAGGGCUCAGGGAGAUUUUAGGAAUUGAAUCCAAGUGGCCCCUUCUCUUAGCUUUUAGUGGGUUCUGGGCGGUUGCUCAGAUGGUCACCUUGCCUUUUUUUCCAGAAUCCCCACCAUACCUCUUGAUGGAAAAAAAUGACAAAGAUGGCUGCACACAAGCACUGAAACAACUGUGGGGGGAUCGAGACCAUCAGAAAGCGAUUGAUGAAAUGCUGCAGGAACAAGCUUCUCGGAAAACUGGUCAGAGUGUGACAGUCCUGGAAUUGCUGAGGGAACCUUCACUCCGCUGGCAGCUGUAUAUGCUUGUUGCCUUGACCAUUGCUCUACAACUAUGUGGGAUCAAUGCGGUCUAUUUUUAUGCUGUUGAAGUUUUUAAAGCUGCUGGGUUUCCAGACAAACAAAUCCCUUACUUAGCAAUUGGUUUCGGAAUAUGCGAAUCCACCUCAGUGAUCCUGUGUAGUCUAGUAAUAGAUCGUUUUGGCAGAAGACUUAUAUUGCUGACCGGGUAUGCAGUCAUGAUUCUCUCCUUGGGGCUUCUGACUCUGACUAUUUCACUACAGGGCACGUUCUCCUGGAUGCCAUACUGCAGUGUAAUCCUCCUAUUCAUAUAUACGCUGUCAUUUGGUACUGGAGCAGGUGGGACCACCAUAACAAUCAAUCUUGAAAUCUUUCCUCAGGAAGCACGGGCAGCUGCAAUGGUGAUACUAGGAGUAAUAAACUGGCUGGGUCUCACUAUCAUUGGAAUGGUGUUUCCCUUUGUAGUGGCCACUAUGGAGCAGUUUUGCUUCCUUGUCUUCCUCUUUAUCACCGCCAUCUGUGGGACAUUUCUAUACUUUUAUCUACCAGAAACGAAAGGGAAAUCUUGGUUGCAAAUAAGAGAAGAUUUUAAUAAAUUGAAUUUCCCAACCCAGAAACAUACAGAAUACCAACCAAGUGUCAAUGACAUAUGUACCAGAUUAUAACCUCCUCUAGUCAAUUAUUCUAAUGUGAAGGAAGCACGCUUCGUUUGCUAAAUAAUGUAUUUUUAUGGAAGCAUCUGACAAGGAGUGUAAAUCCUUAAAGGCCUGGGCGCACACGUGACACCAACAAUACUGAAUCAUGGACCAAGUCCUUUCUUGAAUACGACUUUCUUGUUACUAUACAUUGAGCUGCUGUGAAAUAUUUAUGGUAAUAUUUAAGUGUGAAGGAUGUGCUAAAAGAUAAUAAAUUCUGAUUCCUAAUAUCAUAUAUGUUUGUAUAAGGGUGA